CUUUCUCCUCCCCCAAACCAAACCCCCUGUGACACGAAAAAUCUCUCCCACUCCAACCCCUUCAUCCGAGUAGUGUAGAACUCGCUCCAACGCCCUCCCUGCGGCCGUCAAAGUCCAAUCUUUCCGCUCUACGCCACCGUUUUCGGGCCUUCUUUUCGCCCGCACAGCCGCAAGAUUGAUCUUAUCUUGCUUCAAUCGGACCUCAGAUAUCAAUCCAAUCCCCAGCUGUUUUUCGCCAAUUGCAAAGUGCGGCCGUGGAUCGGAGCAUGGGGUUCCGAUCCGCCGGCGCGAUGCUGCGGUUGCUGGUGUGGGCAGCGUUCCUGCUGGGCUGCUGCCACGGGAGGUUCGUGGUGGAGAAGAACAGCCUCAAGGUGACGGCGCCAGAUGACCUCAAGGGCACCUACGAGUGCGCCAUUGGCAACUUCGGGGUCCCCCAGUACGGCGGCACCAUGGUCGGCUUCGUCGCCUACCCCAAGGCCAACAAGAAGGCCUGCAAGAGCUUCGAGGAUUUCGACAUCUCCUACAAGGCCAAGCCGGGGGCGUUCCCCACUUUCCUACUCGUAGACAGGGGAGAUUGCUACUUCACAAAGAAGGCAUGGAAUGCACAGAAUGCAGGAGCAGCGGCAAUCCUUGUCGCUGACGACAAAGAUGAACCUCUGAUUACAAUGGACACCCCUGAGGAAAGUGGGAGGGCAGAUUAUUUAGAGAACAUCACUAUCCCUUCAGCACUAAUUACCAAGAGCUUUGGGGAUAGGCUCAAGAAGGCAAUCGAUAAUGGUGAUAUGGUCAAUGUGAAUUUGGAUUGGAGGGAGGCUCUGCCCCACCCUGAUGAGCGUGUUGAGUAUGAAUUUUGGACCAACAGUAAUGAUGAAUGUGGCCCAAAAUGCGACAGCCAGAUUGAUUUUGUCAAGAGCUUCAAAGGGGCAGCACAAGUACUUGAGAAGAAAGGCUACACACAGUUCACUCCUCAUUAUAUAACCUGGUAUUGCCCAGAGGCCUUCAUUCUGAGCAAGCAGUGCAAGUCCCAGUGCAUCAAUCAUGGUAGAUACUGUGCACCUGACCCGGAACAGGAUUUUAGCAAAGGAUAUGAUGGGAAAGAUGUGGUGGUCCAGAAUUUGCGCCAAGUUUGUGUGUUUAAAGUUGCUAAGGAGCACAAGAAGCCUUGGUUAUGGUGGGACUACGUUACUGAUUUUGCGAUUCGGUGCCCAAUGAAGGAAAAGAAGUACACGAAGGAGUGUGCUGAUGGAGUUAUCAAGUCACUUGGCCUUGAUCAUAAAGCAAUAGAUAAAUGUAUUGGUGAUCCAGAUGCUGAUGAAGAAAACCCUGUUCUGAAAGCCGAACAAGAUGCGCAGAUUGGCAAGGGCUCUCGUGGUGAUGUUACCAUCUUACCAACUCUUGUGAUCAACAAUAGACAAUACAGAGGGAAGCUUGACAAAGGAGCAGUUCUUAAAGCACUUUGUGCUGGUUUUCGGGAAACUACUGAGCCAGCUGUUUGCUUGAGUGAAGAUAUACAAACAAAUGAGUGCUUAGAGAACAAUGGUGGCUGCUGGCAAGAUAAGGCUGCUAACAUCACUGCAUGCAAGGAUACUUUCCGUGGAAGAGUUUGUGAGUGUCCAGUUGCGAAAGGAGUAAAAUUCGUUGGUGAUGGCUAUACUCAUUGUGAAGCUUCCGGUUCUGGGCGAUGUGAAAUUAAUAAUGGUGGGUGUUGGAAAGACACCCGGGAUGGGCGGACAUACUCUGCCUGCACUAAUGAUGGCUGUAAAUGCCCGGAUGGGUUCAAGGGUGAUGGUAAACACAAAUGUGAAGAUAUUGAUGAAUGCAAGGAAAGGACGGCAUGUCAGUGCAAAGAAUGCAAAUGCAAGAACACAUGGGGAAGCUAUGAGUGCGGCUGCAGUGGGGGAUUGCUUUACAUGAAGGAGCAUGAUACAUGCAUAAGUAAAAAUGGAGCAACAGAAACAGGCUGGGGCUUCUUGUGGGUUAUCUUCUUUGGCCUAGUGGCGGCAGGAGUUGCAGGAUAUGCAGUGUACAAGUACAGGAUUCGGAGGUAUAUGGACUCAGAGAUCCGUGCCAUCAUGGCUCAAUACAUGCCCCUGGACAACCAAGGAGAUGUUCAAUCUCAUUCUCAUCAUAUAGAGAUGUGAGGAGGAUGAAAAUUUUAUGAGAGGAAACAAAGACGUGAUCCAGCUUAUAUCCACUCAAGUUUGAUGUGCAUAACCAUAAACAGUCUUAUGUCUAGCACGGAAAUCGAGAUCCUCCUGUAAAUUUCUUGACGGUUUAUAUCCAGGAUUCAUGGGUUAGCUUAGGCUGUAGGCAUGUGUUUUGUUUAGUAAUAAUUGCCAUCUCUUGUUUCAGUAAAGGAGAUGGCAGACAGGAAUUACUUGUGUUUAGUCAUGUUUGUGGUCACUGGUCAGUGGUAGAAGGGUACGAGUGCCAACAAACAGAAAACUGCGCCUGGCGUCCAGUGAAUGAGAAAUUGUGUGUAUUUGUAGGGGCGGGGGCUGGACCCUUAUGUGCGUGAACUUGAGACUGGUGUCUUACAGAAAGACUCAUUGCUCCCUGUAAAACAUAUGUUUGAGCGAAAUCAGUAACUGAGAAAGUUAGCUUGGACUGGUUGACUGAAUUCUAAAGCGUUCUGGGAUGGCA